AUGGAAGAAGAUAACACCGAGAAACAACAUGACAAUGGCGGAUCUUCCUCUUUCUCUAAGACUUGUUUCAACGCACUCAAUGCUCUUUCAGGAAUUGGAAUAUUGUCAGUACCAUAUUCACUAGCUCGUGGAGGAUGGUUGAGUCUUUCACUUCUGUUACUUCUAGCCGCAACCGCAUUCUACACAUCUUUACUCAUUACAAAAUGUAUGAAUGCGGACCGCAACAUUAAAACAUAUCCUGAUAUUGGAGAACGCGCGUUUGGUAGACCAGGAAGACUCAUUGUGUCACUCUUCAUGCACCUAGAACUCUAUCUAGUCACCACAGGUUUCUUGAUCCUUGAAGGCGACAAUCUUCACAACCUUUUCCCGGGUUUUAACAUCAAAUUGAUUGGGUUGAGUUUGAAUGGCAAACAAGCGUUCAUGGCUUCUGUCGCUCUCGUCAUCAUGCCAACUCUAUGGUGGGACAAUCUAAGCUUACUGUCUUAUGUUUCUAUGAGCGGCGUUCUAGCUACGAUUGUGACUCUUGGAUCAAUAUCUUGGGUUGGAGUAUUUGAUGGAAUCGGGUUUCGUCAAAAGGGAAAGUUGAUCAAUUGGAGUGGAAUCCCUACAGCUUUGAGUUUGUAUGCUUUUUGCUAUGGCGCGCAUCCGGUUUUGCCCACUUUAUACUCUUCUAUGAAAAGCAAACAUCAGUUCAACAAUAUCACUGGAAUUUACAAGAAACUUGGGUGGGAGACUAUAAUGUUGUUUGGUAUAGUAGUGAUGAGUGUUCCGAUUGGAGUUUUAGCAUGUGAUCUGCUGAGUGCUCAGGUGGUGAUUUCAGGGGAAGUAGAAGCUUAUUGCCCUCUCUCGGUGUGGUUACUUGUAUGUCAUGCUGCCCUCAACUAUAAGGAAUGA